AUGACAGACACUGUUGAUACCUUCCGUCAGGGAGCGACUGCGUAUCGGAACGCGAGAGACUGGGCGAAAGAGCAGAGGGAUGAAGCGAUUAAGCGGGCGAACAAGAGAGUCAAUGACGGUCAAGUUAGGACGCUAGCUGUUGAUGCAAGCUUUGGCGGGGUCUCCAGCUUUACAAUUGACGCUUCACUGGACGGAAUCUACACAAUCGAAGCACUGAGUCAGGAGUCUCAAAGCUCGCUAAAUAAAGAUUCUCAUACAACGGCUGACCCUCCAGAUUCUGAGACUUCAACGGAUGAGCUCGCGUUAGACUACACACACCCGGCGAAACGCUCGAGGCAUUCAAAACGAUCACACCAACCCUAA